AUGAGUCGCUACGAAGCUAACCCUUUCGCUGAAGAUGAUGUUAAUCCCUUUGCGGGAGGUGGCUCAAGGCUUACACCCCUUCCUCCUGAACCCUAUGAUCGCGGUGCAACGGUUGAUAUACCUCUUGAUAAUUCAAGGAGUUUCAAGAAAAAGGAGAAGGAACUCAAAGCUAAAGAGGCUGAAUUGAGUAGGAAGGAACGGGAAUUAAGGAAGCAAGAAGAGGCCAUAGAAAAAGCUGGUGGAAAAGUUGUUAAAGACAAGAAAAACUUUCCUCCAUUUGCCCCCAUAAUUCAUCAUGACAUUCAAAACGAUGUACCGAUCCACCUACAGAAGAUCAUGUAUGUUGCGUUCAGUACAUUUUUGGGUUUCGCUUUCUGUAUGUUCUGGAGUAUUGUUGCAGCUUCCGUAUAUUGUGUCAAUGGUGGAUGGCUUGGGACUGGUAUAGGCGCUGUCAUUUUGUCUAUCUUCAACUUCAUCAUAGUGUGUCCUCUAGCAUAUUUUCUCUGGUAUCGCCCUCUUUAUCGCGCUAUGAGGACCGAUAGUGCCCUAAGUUUUGCUGGGUUUUUCUUGAGUUACUGCCUCCAUAUUGGAUUUUGCGUCUUUUGUUCAAUUUCUCCUCCAGUUCUCUGGUCGGGAGCAACUAUUGCAGGUAUUAUCCCUGCAGUCGUAUAUGCUCGGAACCUUUUUGUUCAGAUGUUUUACUUCAUAGGAUUUGGGCUGUAUGUCUGCGAAACACUCCUCUGCUUGUGGGUUCUUAAGCAAGUGUACACGUACUUCAGAGGCAGCGGAAAAGGUCCUUCAGAAGCGACGCGUGAGGCUAUGAGGGCAGCAAUUUGA